CCGCGCUGCGAUCGGCGGGGUCGGGUCCUCGCCUCCUCGCCCGGGGCGCCUGGGCUCCCGGGUCUGUCUUCAGUGCGAACUGAGAAGCGAAAGCGGAUCGUCCUGGGCUGGGCGGCCGCCUCCUCCGGGACUCCGCGCGCCCCUCCACGAGCGCCCACCCAGCCACCCCGCUCCUUGGUCCGGCCAGGCCGCGGCGGCCGCAAGGCGCACCCGGCCAGGAUGUUCGCCGCGGGGCUGGCUCCCUUCUACGCCUCCAACUUCAGCCUCUGGUCGGCCGCUUACUGCUCCUCGGCCGGCCCGGGCGGCUGCUCCUUUCCGCUGGACCCCGCGGCGGUGAAGAAACCCUCCUUUUGCAUCGCGGACAUCCUGCACGCCGGCGUGGGGGAGCCGGGAGCGGCCCCGGAGGGCCUGGCGGGGACCUCGGCCGCCGCCCUCACCGCGCACUUGAGCUCCGCUCACCCGCACGCUUCUUUCCAAGCUGCCGCCAGAUCUCCGCUCCGACCCACCCCGGUGGUGGCGCCCUCCGAAGUCCCGGCUGGCUUCCCGCAGCGGCUGUCUCCGCUCUCAGCUGCCUACCACCACCAUCACCCACAGCAGCAACAGCCGCCACAACAGCCACCGCCGGCCCAACAGCCUCCUCCUGCGCCCCGAGCCGGCUCCCUGCAACCCCUGGCCGCCGGGGUGCGGGUGGUUCCGAACGCCCACCACAGCGGAUCGGCCCCGGCCCCCUCCAGCAAGGAUCUCAAAUUUGGAAUUGACCGCAUUUUGUCUGCAGAAUUUGACCCCAAAGUCAAAGAAGGCAACACGCUGAGAGAUCUCACAUCGCUGCUAACAGGCGGGCGGCCCACAGGGGUUCACCUCCCAGGCCUACAGCCCUCCACCGGCCAGUUCUUCGCAUCUCUAGAUCCUAUUAACGAGGCUUCUGCCAUCCUGAGUCCAUUAAGCUCCAACCCAAGAAAUUCAGUUCAGCAUCAGUUUCAAGACACAUUUCCAGGUCCCUAUGCUGUACUCACAAAGGACACCAUGCCACAGACCUACAAAAGGAAGCGCUCCUGGUCACGGGCAGUCUUCUCCAACCUGCAAAGGAAGGGCCUGGAGAAAAGGUUUGAGAUUCAGAAGUAUGUGACCAAGCCAGACCGAAAGCAGCUGGCAGCAAUGCUGGGCCUCACUGAUGCACAGGUGAAGGUGUGGUUCCAGAACCGGCGGAUGAAGUGGCGGCACUCCAAGGAGGCCCAGGCCCAGAAAGACAAAGACAAGGAGGCGGGCGAGAAGCCGUCGGGCGGAGGCGCGGCUGGCGACGGCGAGCCGGAGGAGCGCAGCCCCAGCCGCUCGGAGGGCGAGGUGGAGAGCGGGAGCAGCGACUCCGAGUCCCUGGACAUGGCCCCCAGCGACACAGAAAGGACUGAGGGCGCUGAGCGGUCUCUGCACCAAACCACGGUCAUCAAGGCCUCGGCCGCGGGCGCCCCGCUCCCCGCCAGCAGCGGGGCAAGUGGAGGGAGCGGCAGCUGCGGCACUUUCGGCUUCGGGAGCCUGGGGACCUGCAGUAGCGGCGCGGGGAGCAGCAGUAGCGGCGCGGGGAGCAGCAGCAGCCUGGGCAGCGGCGGUGGCAGCAGCAGCAGCGCGGCCGAGCUGCUCCCUGCGCCCCAGCCCACCCUCAGCAGCGCCCCCAAAAGUCCCGAGCCUGCCCAGGCUCCACUGGGCGGCCUAUAGACUUGACGACGGUGGAGGGACCCCGGGCGCAGAUCGCCAGCGGGCCCGCGAGGGUUGCAUUUUGUGCCAAUGUUCGGUCGGUGGUGCCGGAGUCAGCCGGAGCCUCUUUCUCCACGUUCACGCCUCGCCCCUGCCGCCCCUCGUGUGCAGCCCACACUGCAGAGAGCAGAGGGGUUUCAUUGCCGCGCCCCCGGCUCUCAACUCCAGCGAACACUUCUCCCCGGACACGAGCCACUCACACUGUGAAGUGCUGGACAAAACUGUUCCCCCCGCACCGGGGGGCCCUGGCGCUGCAUUUAGGACGCCUCUACUUGUAAAUAAAACGUUUACUACGAUUUGUAAAGACCGCCUGGCUUGCUGUGGCCAGGGCCAGGGAUUUUCCAUCCCUUCUUGCAGGUAUCCGGGCUAGAG